GCAUAAGAUGCACAUUUUUCUGCUGGGAAGGAGAUGUUCUUGAGUUACAACUUUAUGAAGAGACCCAUGUGUGGUGCUAUUGAGAAGUUUAUUGGGAAAUUUAAAGACAUUUCAAAUAACAGGUUGUUUUGGUUUCUAAAGUAAAAGUGAGGAGGCACUCUGUGAAGGGAGAAAGGACUCAGGCCAGAAAACUUGUAUGCUAUGGUUAACUGGUUCCCAGCCUCCGAGAAUGUUGUUUUCCAUGGUGUAAAACUUACUCAGCAUCAGGAUAAGGGAUAACGACUCUAUGGAUAUACAGAAUCCUUCACCAUGGUAAAACUCGCUAACCCGCUGUAUACGGAGUGGAUUUUGGAGGCCAUCAAAAAAGUGAAGAAGCAAAAACAGCGUCCUUCAGAAGAAAGGAUAUGCAAUGCAGUGUCUUCAUCCCAUGGCUUGGAUCGGAAAACUGUUUUAGAACAAUUGGAGUUGAGUGUUAAAGAUGGAACAAUUUUAAAAGUCUCCAAUAAAGGACUCAAUUCCUAUAAAGAUCCUGAUAAUCCUGGGCGAAUAGCACUUCCUAAACCCCGAAACCAUGGAAAAUUGGAUAAUAAACAAAAUGUAGAUUGGAAUAAACUGAUCAAGCGGGCAGUUGAGGGCUUGGCAGAGUCCAGUGGCUCGACUUUGAAAAGCAUUGAACGUUUUUUGAAAGGUCAGAAGGAUGUGUCUGCAUUAUUUGGAGGCGGUGCUGCCUCUGGCUUUCACCAGCAAUUACGAUUGGCUAUUAAACGAGCCGUUGGCCACGGCAGACUCCUUAAAGAUGGACCUCUUUAUCGGCUCAACACUAAAGCAACCAGUGUGGAUGGGAAAGAGAGUUGUGAGUCUCUUUCCUCUUUACCUCCAGUGUCACUCCUUCCACAUGAAAAGGAUAAGCCCGUUGCUGAACCAAUCCCCAUCUGUAGUUUCUGUCUUGGUACAAAAGAACAAAACCGAGAAAAGAAGCCAGAGGAACUCAUCUCCUGUGCCGACUGUGGUAACAGUGGUCAUCCAUCCUGUUUAAAGUUUUCCCCUGAACUAACGGUUAGAGUGAAGGCCUUACGGUGGCAGUGCAUUGAGUGUAAAACAUGCAGCUCCUGUCGAGAUCAAGGCAAAAAUGCAGAUAACAUGCUCUUUUGUGAUUCUUGUGACCGAGGUUUUCACAUGGAGUGUUGUGAUCCGCCACUCACCCGGAUGCCAAAAGGCAUGUGGAUAUGUCAAAUAUGUCGACCUAGGAAAAAAGGACGGAAACUUCUACAGAAGAAGGCAGCACAGAUAAAACGGCGCUAUGCUAACCCAAUUGGACGUCCGAAAAACAGGUUAAAGAAACAAAACACGGUAUCAAAAGGUCCCUUCAGCAAAGUUCGAACUGGUCCGGGAAGGGGCCGGAAACGUAAAAUCACCCUUUCCAGCCAAUCAGCAUCGUCAUCAGAAGAAGGAUAUUUAGAGCGAAUAGAUGGCUUGGACUUCUGCAGAGAUAGCAGUGUCCCCUUGAAAUUCAACAAGAAAACCAAAGGGCUCAUUGAUGGCCUUACCAAAUUCUUCACCCCUUCCCCCGAUGGGCGGAAACCUCGAGGGGAAGUGGUAGACUACUCUGAGCAAUAUAGAAUCAGGAAAAAGGGCAACAGAAAAUCGAGCACUUCAGAUUGGCCCACAGACAAUCAGGAUGGCUGGGAUGGCAAACAAGAAAGUGAGGAACGGCUUUUUGGGAGCCAGGAAAUCAUGACUGAGAAAGAUAUGGAAUUAUUUCGUGAUAUCCAAGAACAAGCACUGCAGAAAGUUGGAGUGACUGGUCCCCCUGAUCCACAAGUCCGCUGUCCCUCUGUCAUUGAGUUUGGGAAGUAUGAAAUUCACACCUGGUACUCCUCCCCAUAUCCUCAAGAAUACUCAAGGCUGCCUAAAUUGUAUCUUUGUGAAUUCUGUCUAAAAUAUAUGAAAAGUAGAACUAUUCUCCAGCAGCACAUGAAGAAAUGUGGUUGGUUCCAUCCUCCUGCCAAUGAGAUUUACAGAAAAAAUAAUAUUUCUGUCUUUGAGGUUGAUGGGAAUGUGAGUACCAUUUAUUGUCAGAACCUGUGUCUCUUGGCAAAGUUGUUUCUUGACCACAAAACACUCUAUUAUGACGUGGAGCCAUUUCUUUUUUAUGUACUAACACAGAAUGAUGUCAAGGGCUGCCACCUUGUUGGCUACUUUUCUAAAGAAAAGCACUGCCAACAGAAGUACAACGUUUCCUGUAUAAUGAUUCUUCCCCAAUACCAGCGUAAGGGCUAUGGCAGGUUUCUCAUCGAUUUCAGUUAUUUGUUAUCAAAGCGUGAAGGCCAAGCAGGGUCUCCAGAGAAACCAUUAUCCGAUCUAGGUCGUCUUUCCUACAUGGCUUACUGGAAAAGUGUAAUAUUGGAGUGCCUUUAUCACCAAAAUGACAAGCAAAUCAGCAUUAAGAAGUUAAGCAAGUUGACUGGAAUCUGCCCUCAAGACAUUACUUCCACACUCCACCACCUACGAAUGCUGGACUUCCGCAGUGACCAAUUUGUGAUAAUCCGCCGGGAAAAACUUAUCCAGGAUCACAUGGCAAAGCUUCAACUGAAUUUGCGACCUGUAGAUGUAGAUCCAGAAUGUUUGCGCUGGACUCCUGUCAUAGUCUCCAAUUCUGUUGUCUCAGAGGAGGAAGAAGAGGAGGCUGAGGAAGGCGAAAACGAAGAGCCGCAGUGCCAGGAAAGAGAAUUAGAGAUGAGUGUGGGAAAGUCUGCAUCUCGGGAAAACAAAGAACAAGAUUCUUACUCCUCAUUAGAAAGUGAAAAGAAACCAGAAGUUACGGCACCAGCCAGUUCUACGCGUCUGCACAAACAAGUCCUUUCCUGUGAUAGUCUUCCUGCAAAUAACCAGCCAUCCCGGAGAGGCCGCUGGGGGAGGAAGAACAGAAAAACCCAGGAACGUUUUGGUGAUAAAGAUUCUAAACUGCUCUUGGAAGAGACUUCAGCUCCUCAGGAACAAUAUGGAGAAUGUGAGGAAAAAUCAGAAACCUCCCAAGAACAAUACGCUGAAAGUGAGGAGCAGUUGGCAGCCUCUCAGGAGCAGCCAAGCCAGGAUGGGAAGCCAGACAUCCCCAAAAGAAGACUAAGUGAGGGGGUUGAGCUCUGGCGAGGACAGCUGAAGAAGAGCCCCGAGGCACUGAAGUGUAGAUUACCAGAAGGCACUGAUAGACUGCCCCGUCGCUAUAGUGAUGGUGACAGGGCUCUCCUCAGAGGCUUCAGUGAGAGUAGUGAGGAGGAAGAAGAGCCAGAAAGUCCUCGGUCCAGCUCCCCACCAGUUCUUACAAAGCCCACAUUGAAGAGAAAAAAACCAAUUCUUCACCGAAGGAGGAGAGUUCGAAAGCGCAAACACCACAAUAGCAGUGUGGUCACAGAAACUAUUUCUGAGACUACAGAGGUGUUAGAUGAACCUUUUGAAGACUCUGACUCCGAGAGGCCAAUGCCAAGAUUAGAACCCACGUUUGAGAUUGAUGAAGAGGAAGAGGAAGAGGAUGAAAGUGAACUCUUCUCUAGAGGGUACUUCCAUCGCCUCUCCUCACAGGAUGUGCUCAGGUGUCGAUCCUCUUCUAAGAGGAAAUCUAAAGAUGAAGAGGACGAUGAAGAGUCAGAUGAUGCUGAUGACACUCCUGUCCUAAAGCCAGUAUCUCUCUUGAGAAAAUGUGAUGUGAAGGAUUCUCAACUUGAGCCAGAUACAUCCACACCUAUGAAAAAGAAGAAGGGAUGGCCCAAAGGCAAAAGCCGCAAACCAAUCCACUGGAAGAAAAGACCUGGUCGCAAACCAGGAUUUAAGUUGAAUCGGGAAAUCAUACCCGUUUCUACUCAAGAAUGCGUUGUUGAGCCCAUUGUCCCCAUUCCUAAAGCGGGACGUAAAGCCAAACUUCAGGAGAACGAAGAAACUGUUGAACCAAAAGAAGACUUGCCUUUAACUGAAGAAAGGAAGGAAGAGGAGGAGAUGCACGUGGAAGCAGAAGAGGUUGAAGAGGGAGAAGAAGAAGACACAACCAGCAGUGAAGUUAGAGCAGCAUCUCCAGUGGAUAGCAACAGUCCCGAGACAGAAACGAAAGAACCCGAGAUAGAAGAGGAGGAGGAGAAGCCCCGUGUCUUAGAAGAGCAGAGGCAAUCAGAAGAGGAGCAACAAGAACUAGAAGAACAGGAGCAAGAGGAAGAGGAUGAAGUGGCUAUAGAGACAAACCAGAAUGAAGACCAUGAUGCAGAUGAUGAAGAUGAUGGUCAUCUGGAAUCUACCAAGAAAAAAGAGCUAGAGGAGCAGCUCGUUGGAGAAGAUGUCAAGGAGGAGCCCGGUGGUCAGGAGUCUUUUUUAGAUACUAAUAUGCAGAGCAGUAGGGAGAAUAUAAAGGAUAAAGAGGAAAUGGAACCAGAUUCUGAAGAGGAACAGACUUCGCAUGAAACGUCCAUGGUAUCAGAGCAUAUGCCGGGGUCUGAGGAUGAUCAUGAAGAAGAUUCAAACUCUAAGGAAGAAUUAAUUGAGCUGAAAGAGGAAGAAGAGAUUCCUCAUAGUGAACUGGAUCUGGAAACCGUGCAAGCAGUGCAGUCUUUGACUCAAGAGGAAAGUAACGAGCACGAGGGAGCCUACCAGGACUGUGAAGAAACUCUGGCAGCGUGUCAGACCCUGCAGAGUUACACCCAGGCUGAUGAAGACCCUCAGAUGUCAAUGGUUGAAGACUGCCAUGCUUCGGAACAUAAUAGUCCAAUAUCUUCUGUUCAGUCUCAUCCCAGCCAGUCGGUCCGUUCAGUCAGUAGUCCCACCGUGCCUGCCCUCGAAAGUGGUUACACCCAGAUUAGCCCGGAGCAAGGAUCCCUGUCCGCACCCUCUAUGCAGAACAUGGAGACCAGCCCCAUGAUGGAUGUGCCUUCCGUAUCAGACCACUCUCAGCAGGUGGUGGACAGUGGCUUCAGUGACCUGGGCAGCAUCGAGAGCACCACAGAGAACUACGAGAACCCCAGCAGUUACGAUUCUACAAUGGGCGGCAGCAUCUGUGGGAACAGCUCUUCGCAGAGCAGCUGCUCCUAUGGCGGCCUGUCAUCCUCCAGCAGCCUCACCCAGAACAGCUGUGUUGUCACUCAGCAAAUGGCCGGCAUGGGCAACAGCUGCAGCAUGCUGCCGCAGAACGGCGUGCAGCCUGCCGCGGCCAACUGCAGCAUCAAGUCACCUCAGAGUUGUGUGGUGGAGAGGCCUCCGAGUAACCAGCAGCAGCCGCCGCCGCCGCCGCCGCCGCAGCAGCCGCCGCCGCGUGACUUGCUUCUGCAGCAGCAGCAGCCCCCGCUGUCGCAGUGCAGCAUGAACAACAGUUUCACUCCAGCGCCCAUGAUCAUGGAGAUCCCGGAAUCGGGCGGCACUGGGAACAUAAGUAUUUAUGAGAGGAUUCCAGGGGACUUCGGUGCCGGCAGCUACUCGCAGCCGUCGGCCACCUUCAGCUUAGCCAAGUUGCAGCAGCUGACUAACACCAUUAUGGACCCUCAUGCCAUGCCUUAUAGCCAUUCUCCUGCUGUGACUUCCUAUGCAACCAGUGUUUCUCUGUCUAACACAGGACUGGCUCAGCUAGCUCCAUCUCAUCCAUUAGCUGGGACCCCUCAAGCACAAGCCACCAUGACGCCGCCGCCGAACCUGGCAUCCAGCACCAUGAACCUCACGUCCCCUCUGCUGCAGUGCAACAUGUCUGCCGCCAACAUUGGCAUUCCUCACACGCAGAGGUUGCAAGGGCAGAUGCCGGUCAAGGGGCACAUUUCCAUCCGCUCCAAGUCGGCGCCGCUGCCCUCCGCGGCUGCUCACCAGCAGCAGCUGUACGGCCGCAGCCCCCCAGCGGUUGCCAUGCAGGCCGGCCCUCGCGCAUUGGCUGUUCAGCGUGGCAUGAACAUGGGGGUCAACUUGAUGCCGACCCCCGCCUAUAAUGUCAAUUCCAUGAAUAUGAACACCUUGAACGCCAUGAACAGCUAUCGAAUGACACAGCCCAUGAUGAACAGCAGUUACCAUAGUAACCCUGCCUACAUGAACCAGACAGCACAGUAUCCUAUGCAGAUGCAGAUGGGGAUGAUGGGGAGCCAGGCCUAUACCCAGCAGCCUAUGCAGCCAAACCCUCAUGGAAACAUGAUGUACACUGGCCCCACCCAUCACAGCUACAUGAAUGCUGCUGGCGUGCCCAAGCAGUCACUCAAUGGACCUUACAUGAGAAGAUGAGCAAGAUGAACUUGCAAUUAAAACUUAAAUAUAUAUAAAUAAAGGAACCUUUUAUACUGACAAACCAGAGAAAAAUGGACCUUUUUCCAGUUAAAAUAUUGCUGUAGAUUUAGAGGAAUUUUUCUUUGGUUUUAUUUUAUUUUUUAGAAAACCUGGUCUUCUCUUUUUUUGGGUUCAUUUUGUUCUGGGUUUUGGUUUUCUUCACAAUCUUGAACAUUUUACAAUAGAACUCAUCUAAAAAUGGAUUUGGGGAUAGGGGAAACAUGCACAAAAAUCUUUUCAUAAUUAAAAAGAGCCUUACUUUCUUUACACACCACAUGGACAGAAUUUGUGUAAAAGUGAAUUCUCUUUAUUUUAAGAUGUAUGUUUCCCCUCACUGUUUGCAGCUCCCAGUGUUGUCAUUUUUAAAUGUUAUAUAUACAUCUCUGGGGUUAACCAGACCCUUUCCUCCAAACCCAACCUUUCAUUUCCUACUUCAUUCCAGCAGGAGGCACUUACGGGAGACUCGGACGGGGACAUGGAGAACAACCCAGGCUCCUUAAACUUAUUAUUAUUGUUAAUAUUAUUAUUAUUAUUAUUAAUAAAGCGAGGCAGGAAAAUGCUUCUCCUUUUAAAAUCCCCUCCACUCCCUACACACACACACACACACACACACACACACACCCCCACACACACCCCCCUCUUGAAACCUUUCCCCAAGAAUGUUUCUUUAAGAUGGACUUCAUUGAAAUGUUUGUUUUUCUUUAAAUCAAGUGUAAUAUAAUUUUUUUCUUUUUUUUCUUUUUUUUUGUUUACUAUUCCCACUCAGCACUCAGAGACACAAAAAUACUGUAAGUCUCAAUUAACAGCAGAAUCUCAGAGGAAAGCUGUUUGCAAUCCUAGUCCAGCCUUGGAGGAAUAGAGAUGGUCAAUUAACAAUCAGAAAAGAGGAAUUUUACCUCUUGUUUUUUACCACCUGGUGAAUCAGCCAUAACGCACAUACUCCACACAGCCUCUUGUUUUUAGUAUGUACUUUGAGAUGCUAAGGGUCUUGAUUCUCGAGCCUUCGACUCUGACUAAACUCAAACAGCAGUCCCCAAUGAUUAGCCUCUUACAUUCUUACAUAAAGUGUUGAUGGAUGACUGUACAUUUCAGUGAUUUGAAAAAUACCUGACAAACAUUUGACACUGUUUAUUUUAUGUUGGAAGAGAUGACGUAAGGGAGAUCAUGGUCUGAGUUUUAUGGCUACUUAAAUGAUACAUACCUCUAGUUUUCAUUUGUCUUGAGAUCCUGAGUUCAUUCCCUGUGAAUCAGAGUGCACCAGCCCCUCUCCUGUGAGUGGUUAAAAGAGAAGAGGGAUAAACCAACCACCAGCAUAGUAGGGCAAAUCUGGACAGCAGGGUUUUAGCAGGUUCCUAUGUUGCUCCCAACUCCCAUUGUCUUUUCUCUCGUGCAGCCAGUUCGCCCAUUCUCUUCCUAUUACUUGCUCCAGGGAUAGGUAAAAAAAUAUAUAUAUAUCUAUAUAUAUAUAUCUAUAUAUAUGUUCCAUCAUUAGAAGAUGGAAACUAUUAUACCACUUGGUAUGUGCAGUCAAAUAUCCAAAAGGGGGAAGAACUGCUUAAAGAAAUACCUGUAAGCAUUAAAUUCUCUCCUUUAUUUGUACAUUUUAUAUAGAUAAAUUUUUGAAGUACUAAUUAGGCAUUAAAUUUUUUCAAAUGCACAGGUUUGUUGUUUUUUUUAUACACUUUAAUUGACUUUCUCAAUUAAAUGUGUUAGGUAGAAAACGGCAGAAUUCCACAUUUUAACCGCUAUCAAUUCUGAGCAUGUGCAAGGCUGUGUAGGACCCAGUUUCUCUGUAUAUACUCUUCCAGUUCCCAAUCAUCUAUGUAGAAAGUGCACUGUGCUGCCCUCUCCCUACAUCUUCAGCUAUGUCAUUGCUUCCUGGUUGGGGUGGGGAUGGGGUGGGUCGGGAGGGAGGUAUCUUGGGUGGAGGGUGGGUCAAGGCAGAAGGAGAAGCUGUUGAAAUGAGGGCCGUGAAUUCAGUUUCUGUUGGUUUGCGGUUGUGUUUGGUUUCAUUUGUUUCUUUAAAAAAAAAAAAAAUUCAAUCGGGCAGCUCCCUUUUCCACAAGCCUUUUUGUGACUGUAGAACUAUUGUAGAGAAAAUGUUCUUUUCUAUAUUAUAAAAGAAAUUAUCCAACACAGUAAUAUUGGUACCUGUCAUUUUUUCACUUCUGUUUAAAAAAAAAAUGUAUUUUUAGCAAGAUAACUUGGGUAAUCUUCUAAAAAAGAAAUUUAAAAACUCACUGUUAGUGACUUUGAUGCCUUUUAAAAUAAGAGCUUUUUCAUUUCAUUCCAUCUUUAAAAUUUUUUAUCUUUGUUGUAGAAUAUUAAAAACUAUUUUAAGAAAGAUAAAAAUUCUCUUUAAAGAGAUCUCUAGAGUGUGUGAAUAGAGCUCCAGAUGCCUCUAAAAGCCGCAUGUACAAAUGAAGCUAAGUCUAUUCCUGUCUGUUUAUAUUUGCUUUUCCUGUUUUGUAACCUCUUUGUACUUUGUUCAUGGUGACUUGUAAGCUACGGGGAAGGGGUGCCUAGAUGCCUUUGUAUUUCUCCAUGUCAUGCGCUCCUGGGCCAGUUGGUCUCCCUUCCUCUCCUUGUAUGUAAUAUCACUUUUUUUUCCCCUUUCUAGCAAGUACUUUCAAAAGAACUCUGUACAUUUUAACAUAAAAAAAAUAAAUUAUGUUGAGCCAUUUUGGA